GACCUAGGAGCCAGAUUCCGAUACAUUUAAGUGGCAGCUUUUUUAUGGUGAUGGCAGGUCCAACACCUUUUCACUAGCAGAUAGAUAGGAAGGAGGAAGAUCUUUAUUCGGCUCCGCGCAGCCCAUGAGCCAGGGGCUGUCUUAUUUUACUUUUUACUUUAAAAUUUCUGGCUUUACAUCCCUGCUGCUCACCGGGUACAGGGCCUCCACAUCUCAGCCCCAUGAACGUGUUUUAGUCACGAGUCGUAAGUUUGUCGCCCGGAACUUACCCGCUUGUGGAAUGAGUUUUAUCACGAAUUGGAGAAGAAGCGGAAAGAAAAAUGACAGCAACAAUGAUGCUGUCGUGGCGAAAGACAGCCCCGACGGACCAAGCUCCCCAAGCCGGUUGUCAGUCAUUAAUAGCCCAGAGAUGGAUCCUAUCAUCGCAGAUUUUAGCCUACGGUUAGCAGACGACAACCAGGACUCUAUGAAACCACCCAAUGGGUGCCAGCCCUCAGAGCUCACCGUGGCGCUGGAGGACUGCAUGGCCGCUCUGGACCUGUUCCUCAGCAACGACUUUGAGGAGGCCCUGGCCCGGCUCCGAACCAGGACCAAAGACAGCAUGUAUCAUGCGCUGACCUACGCCACCAUCUUGGAGAUGCAGGCCAUGAUGACCUUUGAACCGGCCCACAUCCUGGCUGCCGGCAACACCAUGAAGGAGGCCCAGGCAGUCUGCCAGCGAUACCGUAAAAAGUCGACUUUUGCCAGCAAAAACUUUACAGAAGAGGAACUGCACGCUGAGGUGUGCUAUGCCGAAUGUCUCCUGCAGAGGGCAGCCCUAACCUUCCUUCAGGAUGAAAACAUGAUCAGUUUCAUUAAAGGAGGGAUCAAAGUGAGGAACAGCUACCAGACAUACAAAGAGCUCCAUUCGGUCCUGCAGUCCUCAGGCUUCGCCCACGGAGGCAACCACGGGCACUUUGAGGGCGGGGUCAAGCUGGGCGUCGGUGCCUUCAAUCUGAUGAUCUCCAUGUUGCCUACCCGGACCCUGCGACUGUUGGAGUUUGUGGGCUUCUCGGGGAACAAAGAGUUUGGCCUCCAGCAGCUGCAGGAGGGGUGCGUGGAGAACACUUUCCGCUCGUUCUUGUGCAACAUGCUGCUGCUCUGCUACCACACCUUCAUGAGCUUCAUACUGGGCACCGGAGAGGGAGAUGUGGGAGACGCAGAGAAACUGCUAGAGCCAUACCUCAAAAAGUACCCCAAGGGUUCCAUCUUCUUGUUCUUCGCUGGUCGAAUCGAGGUGAUCAAAGGAAACCUGGAUGCUGCUAUUGACCGGUUCGAGGAGUGCUGUGAGGCCCAGCAGCAGUGGAAGCAGUUCCACCACAUGUGCUACUGGGAGCUGAUGUGGUGCUUUACAUACAAGCGCCACUGGAAGAUGGCCUACUUCUACGCCGACCUGCUCAGCAAGGAGAACUCGUGGUCCAAGGCCACCUAUGCGUACAUGAAAGGCGCCUACCUCAGCAUGCUGACUAAGGACGACUGCCUCACAUUUGGGGAGACUGAGAUCACUCUGUUCAGACAGGUGCCGGGCCUGAAGCAGAAAAUAGCCGGCAAGUCCUUGCCGACAGAGAAGUUUGCCAUCAGGAAGGCCCGGCGGUACUUGGCAGAGAGGCCCAUUCCUCUUCCUGUUCCUCCUCUGGAAAUGAUGUACAUCUGGAACGGAUAUACUGUCAUUGGAAAGCACAGAGACCUGACGGAGGCAAUGCUAAAAACACUGGAUGAGGCACAGGCUACACUUGACAGCAGUCCAAGGACUGAGUUCUCCAUAGACGACCAGUGCCUGGUGAGCCUGCUCAGAGGACUCUGUCUCAAACAUCUGGGACACCAGGAUGAGGCCGAAGCCUAUUUCACCCUCAUCCUCUGCAAUGAGUCCCAGAUAAAGUAUGACCACUACCUGGUCCCCAAUGCCCUGCUGGAGCAUGGCCUGCUAUGUCUGGAGCAAGGCAGGAAAGAGGAGGGAAUCAAACUCCUGGAAGCAGCAAAGGCAAAUUAUAAAAACUACUCCAUGGAGUCACGGACACACUUCCGUAUCCAGGCGGCUCUGCACAAGGCGAGGGGCGCGGCUGAAAACGGGACGUACGUGCAGACCAGUCCCUAACGCCCGGAGCUCCGCCACGCCAUGAGAUCACAAACUGCUUCCUGUGGGCCGCGAUCCCUUGACUCUCUACUAAACAAGCCGCCUGCCGGGGUCGUGGACCCGGAUAGAGCACCAAACUAUACUCCAACAGAGCAAGCGAGCCACCUCCCCGAACCGCCAAGCUCAUUCCCACGUUCGUCAUUCCUCUGUGAAUUAGAGACUGCUUUGAGUAAAAUGACUUGACCUGAGAUAGUGUAAUAAAAUAUAGCAGAGUGAGACAUUACAUGCCACAAUAUAGCACAAUGCGGUAUAAUAAGGUACAGCAUACCAACGCCCUGUGUCAUCUCCCAAUGCAUUUAUACAAAGCUAUUAUAAGAACAUAACCAGGGGGUUCAUCCUACUAAAAUGAUUCUGUGUAAACCAGACAUGCCUCGCGAGCACCUGGGUCUCAUAAUGUCUUCAUUACUGUGAUCGCUGAACAUUUAUUGUAUUGUUUAUUUAUUAACUAAAAGAUGAUGCCUUUUACUAAAAUGUCCUAUUUUAAGAGGACUGAUGAAUGUGUCUUUUAGAAAGGCAGACCCUCUCCUCUUUUCUCCUACUGGUGUGUGGGAUCGAUGCCAACGGUACUUGAGUAGUGACAAACGGGCCAUUCAGGCAGACUGCGACAGGCCUGCUUGCUUGUCAGCCUAUUGCGUCUUUAGUAGGUGAAAAGAGCAUUGAAUGAUGACCACUACUUUUCUGUGCUUUGUAAACAUCUUCUACUGCUUCCGUCUCCACCACUGUAGAGUUUUUGCAAAUAUAUAGGCGGACUUGUACAUCCUAGCCGUGCUAUUGUAUCAAAACAAGUGAAAACUUGCUAGGUCAUGUUGUUUUGUAUAUUUUUGUUUUGCUAAACAACUGAUUUGCAAGGCAUGAGCUCUCCUGAUUUGUCUCAGAUGUUGGAAACUUGAAAUUAGAGCUCUGUGGGUAUAUUGCUGAAGUUUGGGAUUAAGAAAUUAACCAAGAGUCUAUUUAGACUUUUUAACGGUGAGGGAAAUUUCUAUUUUGCAUUGUUUUAUCUGUUUGGAAAUUAUUGCAAAUGAUCUUACAAUCUUAUGAUCGGUUGGUUUAUUUCUUCACUGGUGUUGCUUAUUUACAGAUUUUCUUCAAACUUUAGUCACACUGUGAUGUAAAAGGUCGGUGUAUCUUAGGGGCAUGGCAACAAUUAACCUGAGUGACAUUCCUGUACAUAAUGAAUGUUUCUUUUUUCUAAUUCAAAAUGAAAAAUGACAUAAGAAACCAAA